AUAGACGGCCCAAGACUAUGUAUAACCAAACCGGGGGGAGGCGGAUGGAGAGUUAAAGCCCGAGUGACAACAGCUGAGGGGGCAGCCCGGGCAGAAUCGGUGGGUGAGUGGGGGGAAACCGAGGACUCCUCUGCUUGGAAAGGGAUAUCUUGCGUUUGCAGAUCUGCUACACACUUCUUAAAUGAUCUUCAGAAUACUUAUUGAAAGGGUAACUGCCAAUGAACUGCAUCAAAUCUCACAUAGGGAGCAACUCUCGAACAGAGGACUGCAUCUAGACUACCUCUAGACAAUUGUGAUAACUUCAUUUGGUGCUUUCUUACACAGGUUCUAUUUACUGGAUCAACAGAAGUCAUCCAAAAUGCCUUUCACUGAUGAGCAGAGCAGUGACUGUGAUUCUUCGCGAUCUUCAGAAAGUGCAACUUCUUCAUCUAGUGACUCUGAAUACUCAAGGCAGAGUUUUACCAGUGAUUCUUCAAGCAAGCCCAGUUCUCCAACCUCAACAAGCCCUCCCAAAAUGGUUACGUUUGAUGAAAUGAUGGCAGCUGCAAGGAAUCUGUCAAACUUGACUUUGGCUCAUGAAAUUGCUGUAAAUGAGAAUUUUCAUUUGGAACGCAUAGAGCAUCCACAGAACAGCUUGCCUGGAAGGGUUAAACAAAUUGUACAUAAAGCAUUCUGGGAUCGCCUGGAAGAAGAUUUGAAGGAAGAUCCUCCUGAGUAUGAGCAUGCAAUCAAACUGUUUGAGGAAAUUAAAGAGAUCCUUCUUUCUUUUUUGAACCCGGGGGCUAACAGGAUGCGCAACCAAAUUUGUGAAGUCCUCGACACGGACCUUAUAAGAAAGCAAGCUGAGCACAAUGCAGUUGAUAUCCAGGGUCUUGCAAAUUAUGUAAUUAGCACCAUGGGGAAAUGUGCUCCAGUAAGGGACAAUGAUAUCAACCAGUUAAAGCCCACUGGGAAUAUUGUAGCAUUGUUGAGGCAAAUAUUCCAUGUUCUGGAUCUCAUGACAAUGGAUAUGGUUAACUUUACCAUAAAGAGUCUUAGACCUCACGUUCAGCGCAACUUGAUAGAUUAUGAAAGAGCAAAAUUCCAAGAUAUACUUGAAGAAACUCCAAGUAUGUUCUUUGCUUACAUAAAAAGGUGAUAGAGGCAAUUGUAUGAGAUCCGAAGCAGUUGAGCAAAAGGCUGCAACAGAUUUGGGGAGAGGAGAGAAGUAUUCUAAAACUUUUCGAGGAUUACCGUCAGUAAAACAAUCUUGUGUUUGCAAAAAUGCUCUGGCUUACAUGUUUUACUGUCUGGAUAUAUUUUUACACUGUAUGCUUAUGCAUGACUAUAAUGUUACUUUGUCAUGUUGUAAGUCAGUUUUUAAAAACUUUCUCUAGUUUUCAAUAUUCACCUGUUUUAUUUUCUUUGGGUAAUUAGGUCCUGAAGUUAUUCCCCCCCCACACACACUCCCCAUAGCUUAUUUACUGAACUGGGUACAUGCCUUUAUAAAACAAACAGUAGAAGUCUGAUCUUUCUUAUCUCU